UCAUUGUGUUUACACUUUCUGACUUAAGCUAUUCAAGUUUGGUACAUAGGUAGUAUAAAGUGGAAUUAAAAAUGUCUGCUGGAGCUUCACACUCGAGACUAUUGAUCAAAGGAGGAAAGAUUGUCAAUGCAGAUCGAACAUUUGAAGCGGAUAUCUAUAUUGAAAAUGGAAUCAUUCAACAAAUUGGAAAAGGACUGAUGAUUCCUGGAGGUGCACAAGAAUAUGAUGCCACUGGAAAAUUGGUCAUGCCGGGAGGAAUAGAUACACAUACACAUAUGCAACUCCCUUUCAUGGGGCAUCGUGCCGUUGAUGAUUUUUACACUGGAACAAAAGCGGCAAUUGCUGGAGGUACGACAAUGAUAUUAGAUUUUGUUUUGGACCAGAAAAAUGUUUCAUUGAUAGAAGCGUACAACAAAUGGAGAGGUUGGGCUGAUCCAAAAGUUUGCUGUGAUUAUUCUUUUCAUGUUGGAGUAACUUGGUGGAGUGAGCAAGUGAAAGAGGAAAUGGCAACUUUAGUGAAAGAACAUGGUGUGAAUUCAUUCAAAAUGUUCAUGGCAUAUAAAGAUGUCUUCAUGUUACCUGAUCAUGAUUUGUAUGAAGUAUAUAAGCAAUGUAGAAAUAUUGGUGCGAUUGCCCAAAUGCAUGCAGAAAAUGGAGACGUAAUUGCUCAUGAGCAAAAGAGAAUGCUUGAACUUGGUAUCACAGGACCAGAAGGACAUGAAUUAUGUAGACCUGAAGAUGUAGAAGCAGAAGCUGUUUUGAGGGCAAUCAUGAUUUCAAAUCGGGUCAAUUGUCCAAUGUAUAUAGUACAUGUGAUGAGUAAAUCAUCGGCAAAGGUCAUAGCAAGGGCACGAAGAGAAGGGAAAGUUGUCUUCGGUGAACCGAUUGCUGCUUGCCUAGGCACAGAUGGUACUCACUAUUGGCAUAAAUGCUGGCGACAUGCAGCAGGACAUGUAAUGGGUCCACCACUGAGACCUGAUACAACAACACCUGGAUAUCUUAUGGAUUUACUAGCUAAUGGAGAUUUGGAAUGCACUGGCACUGAUAAUUGCACUUUCAGUGGAAAUCAAAAAGCUCUCGGCAAGGAUGAUUUCACUAAAAUUCCCAAUGGAGUGAAUGGUGUCGAGGAUCGAAUGUCAGUUAUCUGGGAGAAAGGUGUUGCUUCUGGAAAAAUGGAUGAAAAUCGUUUUGUAGCAGUUACAAGUACAAAUGCUGCAAAGAUAUUCAACUUAUAUCCACGUAAAGGAGUAAUAGCUGUUGGUUCGGAUGCUGAUAUUGUGGUCUGGGAUCCAGAAGCUACAAGAACUAUUUCUGCAAAGACUCAUCACCAAGCUGUUGAUUUUAACAUUUUUGAAGGAAUGGUUUGUCAUGGAGUUACUCUCUGUACAAUAAGUCGAGGAAAAAUUGUUUAUCAAGAUGGCAAAUUCAAUGUUGCUGCUGGAGAUGGAAAAUUUAUUCCCAGAAAACCUUAUGCUCCAUAUGUGUACAAGAAAAUCGAUUGUAGACAGAAAUCUCAUGAUCCAGUAAAGGUGGAAAGAGAGCCAUACACAGGACCAGUAGCGACACUACCUGAUGAGAAUGGGGUACCUAAAACUCCCGAUACUCCAAGAUCUCGUAAUUUGCACCACGCCACCUCUAUUGGUGCAGGAGGGCAACAUGUCAAUCUGGCCAAUGAUUCAACACAUCCUUCUACAAGAGUUAUGGCCCCACCAGGUGGCAGAUCUACCUUCAGUUUGUUUUAAUCAAGCGCUGUAUAUUUUGGUAGUUCAGCAUUAGACCAGAUAUUCCAAAUUCCAAUAUAACUUUGCCUUUUCAAUUAUGCCAUCGCCGGACUUAAGUUGUGUGUUUGAAUUGUGUUUUUAUCAAAUCAAAUGUAAAUUUCAUGUACCGUCCAAAGCUAUAAUUUUGAAAUGCUGAAAUAAUGUAAAAAUGUUAUGUAGUAAGUAGUGCUUUAUGUAUAAAAAGGGCCUUAGAUAGGUUGUCUCAGCGAUGAAAACUAAAUAUAAAUCAGUUGCCAUUGUUAUGUAGAGAUUUUUUGUAUACCUAACACAUCUAGUCAUGAAUUAGUUAUGGAAUAAUGAGAAUGGUAUAAAAUUUAGAUUUGCUCAAUAAUUUCAUUGGAUUUAUUGCAAGCAGUUUUGCUUCAUUUGUCCUUUUGACAAAUAUUUGCAUAUCGCUGUACUACCAGUAAUAUUGUAAUAUUGUUUGCACAAUUCUAAAAUGCCUGAACCUGGUUUUACAUGACAGGAAAUGCCAUGAAAAUAUA